GCUGGUACUAAUUUAUAUACAGAGAUUUUCUUUCUCCGGCAUUUUAUUUUAUUUCUUUUUUUAUGAGUUUCUCUCUCUAACCACCACCACAGGUCCACAGUAUCUUUGGGAGAGAAAGUUCCAGAACUACACAGCUCGGCGCCGCGCGGCCGAUCUAUACCGAGGUUGCUACCUACCUUAUCAAACAACGUUUUCUGACACAUCUUUGAAACGUCCAAGUAAACAUGAGUGUGGUCGGUUUCGAUUUUGGAAAUGAGAGCUGUGUGGUCGCUGUCGCAAGACAAAGAGGAAUUGAUGUCGUGCUUAAUGAUGAAUCCAAACGCGAAACCCCCGCUCUCGUGUGCUUUGGCGACAAGCAGCGGUUUCUUGGAACUGCUGGAGCUGCUUCGAGCAUGAUGAACCCGAAGAACACAAUAUCCCAGAUUAAGCGGCUGAUCGGGCGGCAAUUUUCAGAUCCCGAACUUCAGCGUGAUCUCAAGCUGCUGCCCUUCUUGGUGACUGAAGGGCCCGAUGGAUAUCCCUUGAUCCAUGCUCAGUAUCUGGGGGAAACCAAGACGUUCACGCCAACUCAGCUUCUGGGAAUGGUGCUUUCCAAUCUGAAGACCAUUGCCGAAAAGAAUUUAAAUGCAGCGGUAGUCGAUUGCAGUAUCGGGAUACCCGUUUAUUUCACUGAUCUUCAACGAAGGGCUGUAAUAGAUGCGGCAACGAUCGCCGGCUUGCACCCUCUUCAUCUCAUUCAUGAGACGACAGCUACUGCUUUAGCUUAUGGUAUCUAUAAAACUGAUUUACCUGAAAGCGAAGCAAUGAAUGUUGCGUUUGUAGACGUGGGGCAUGCCAGCAUGCAGGUGUGUGUUGCUGCCUUCAAGAAAGGUCGGCUGAAGAUAUUGGCACAUUCAUUUGACCGGUCCUUGGGCGGAAGGGAUUUUGACGAGGUCCUUUUCAAGCAUUUUGCUGCGAAAUUCAAAGACGAAUAUAAGAUUGACGUGUAUCAGAAUGCUAGGGCAUGCCUGAGGCUGCGGGCCGCGUGUGAGAAACUGAAGAAGGUUCUCAGUGCAAAUCCAGAAGCGCCCCUGAACAUAGAGUGCUUGAUGGACGAGAAGGAUGUCCAGGGUUUUAUCAAGAGAGAUGAGUUUGAGCAGAUUAGCAUUCCCAUCUUGGAACGUGUGAAGGGGCCGUUGGAGAAGGCUCUUGCUGAGGCCGAUUUGACUACUGAGCACAUACAUUCGGUUGAAGUUGUUGGUUCAGGUUCUAGGGUUCCUGCUAUUAUCAAGAUACUGACCGAGUUCUUUGGUAAGGAGCCUAGGCGGACAAUGAAUGCAAGUGAAUGUGUUGCUAAAGGCAGUGCUUUACAGUGUGCUAUUCUUAGUCCCACAUUUAAAGUGAGGGAGUUUCAGGUUAACGAGAGUUUUCCAUUCCCCAUUGCUAUGUCAUGGAAGAGUACUUCGCCUGAUGCACAAAAUGGGGUGGCAGAUAAUCAGCAAAGCACUAUAGUAUUCCCCAAGGGUAAUCCAAUACCUAGUGCGAAGGCUUUGACUUUCUACAGAUCCGGCACCUUCAAUGUAGAUGUACAAUAUGCUGACACCAGCGAAUUGCAGGCACCCGCUAAGAUUAGUACUUACACAAUUGGACCUUUCCAGUCGACAAUGGGUGAAAGGGCGAAAUUGAAAGUCAAAGUCCGUCUGAAUCUUCAUGGCAUUGUAUCUAUUGAAUCAGCUAUGCUCUUGGAAGAGGAGGUAGAGGUUCCAGUGGUAAAAGAGCCAGCGAAGGAGGCUACAAAGAUGGAGACAGAUGAGGCUCCUUCUGCUCCUCCGAACGCUGCUGAAACUGAUGUUAAUAUGCAAGAUACUAAAAUGGAUGGUGCUGGAGACAAUAAUGGCGUUCCUGAAUCUGGUGACAAAUCAGCUCAGAUGGAAACAGAUGUCAAGGUUGAAGCUCCAAAGAAAAAGGUUAAGAAAACCAAUGUACCUGUCUCGGAGAUUAUAUAUGGUGGGUUGUCAGCUGCAGAUGUGCAAAAAGCUGUCGAGAAGGAAUUUGAAAUGGCUUUGCAGGAUCGGGUUAUGGAGGAGACCAAGGACAAGAAGAAUGCCGUUGAGGCUUAUGUUUAUGACAUGCGGAACAAGCUUCAUGACAAGUAUCAUGAGUUUGUAACCGAUACAGAAAGAGAUCAACUUAUUGCCAGACUGCAGGAGGUGGAAGAUUGGUUGUACGAGGAUGGUGAAGAUGAAACGAAAGGUGUCUAUAUUGCUAAGCUGGAUGAGCUCAAAAAGCAAGGUGACCCUAUAGAGGAGAGGUACAAGGAGCAUACUGAGAGAGGAGCAGUCAUUGACCAACUCACCUAUUGCAUAAACAGUUACAGAGAAGCUGCUGUGUCGAGUGAUCCCAAGUUCGAUCACAUUGAUCUUGCAGAGAAGCAGAAGGUCCUGAACGAAUGCGUAGAAGCUGAAGCUUGGCUGAGGGAGAAAAGGCAGCACCAGGAUACCCUCCCCAAGCAUGCCACACCAAUUCUUUUGUCUGCCGACAUUAGGAAAAAAGCCGAAGCUCUCGACAGGUUUUGCAGGCCAAUCAUGACGAAACCAAAGCCCGCGAAGCCAGCCACUCCCGAGCCACCAGCCCAAAGUGGAGAGGCCCAUUCGCAAGGGACAGAAAAUGCCAGCCCAGAAGACAAUGCUGCAGGAUCUGAAAACCAAGCACCACCAGCUGAGGUGGAGCCCAUGGAGACAGACAAACCCCAGACAACUCAGACUUAGUAACGAGUUUGCGAAUGAUCAAUAUUUGUGGCGAUAUAAGGAAAUGUUUGGUUUACUUUAAUGUCGUGGAGAUUUGAAGUCAGGGACUUAAUUUUUAUGGGCUGUGUGCUUCUCAUGAGAUGCUUGUGGAUGUGUUGGUUUUGGACUUAGUUCCAUAAUAUAUAAAUAUAUAGGCGGUUUUUGUGCCCUUUUUCCUUUUUUUUUUCUCUCUCUCUCUCUCUCUCUCUCUCUCCCAGGGAAGGUUUUGUAAGGAGUAGGGUGAUUCACUUGAUCCUCAUUUCUGAAUGUUUGUUUUGUUCAUGCACCUCCUUUGGUGUAGGGAUGGAUUAUGGGUAUUGGAUGGUCGUUUUUUAUUUGUGUGAAUCUUUUUUGCACCCAGAUAUUUCUGAAAAGUAUUUCUUCAAUGGAACUUAAGUUUUGUCGUAGGCCAGUAUAUAGGGCUUGACCAAGUAAAUUGGUAAGAUUUGAAUUAUUUUCAACUCUAUUUAGUGUUUA